UAAACCGCCAUGUGCAAUGCUCCACCACAAAAUCAACCUACACGGGAAAGGUAAUCAAGUUCGUUCUGCUUAGUAGGUACUGGUUAAAAUUUCUUCAAAAAUUAUACAUAGAUCAAAUAAAUUUACGUGGAGAAAUUACCAAUAAUUCCGAAGAAAACUUGCAGCACAACUUAACCUUAUACGAUAAUAACCUCAUUUGUUUAUCCGGUACAUUGAAGCAUUAUUUAGUAAAAUGAUUUUAAAUAACAAUCAAGUCGAAGACAUUUUAACGCACCAAGAAUACACUAAAACUUUACUGUCGAGUAUGCUCUAUUUGAGUUUAGACAAUGCAGAAAAUGAAAAGCUAAUUAUUAACACCCUUAAUAAAAUGCUGGGAUCGGCAAACCAUCGCAGGGAAGGUUUGGAAUACCUACGAUUGGUAAUCAACAAUUGCACUUUGGCAACUAUUGUUGACAAUGCUUUUACUUGGAUCAACCAUUGUGUUAUUAAAUACAAUGAUGAUAUAUUACGAGAACAAAAACUAGUACUUUUAGCAAACAUUGUUGAAAUUGCUCAUUUGGACUCUGACUUCAAUAAAAAAUUUGUGUCAGAUUAUAUUGCCAAAAUAUUGGACAGCUGCUUGGUGACAUCUCAUGCAAACUCAUAUGAGCAUCAAGCUGGUUUAACAUUGUUAACUGCUUGCCUUAAAUAUUACCCUAGUUGGUUUACGUUACACAAAAUUAAAAUUGAAAACUAUCUUUUAAUUUUUUUGGAUAGCAGUUCUGAAGAUUUGGUGCAGAAAUCAGCAGUAGCAUUUCAUUACUUGCAGCAGGUCGGUGGUGCUGGUGCAAACGGGAUCAAUCAUAAAACAAACUUUACACAAAACUUUCACAAAUUGUGUGGAACAGUUCAAAAACUGCUCAGCAAUUUCUUUGAAGGGCAACACAUGUUUUCUCCAGAUAUUUCAGAGGAAUGCUUUGAGUUUGGUGCAGAGUCAGAAGUUUCAUUGUUUGUAUUAGAGAGAAGAUUGAGAAACUGUUUGAAAUUUAUAGAAAUAAUGAUAAGAACACGAUUUUCAGUGGCUAAAGAAAUUAAACCAAAAAAAUUGAUAGAGCUUAUUGCAAAAGGUAUGUUGGUGCAUAAAUGUGUGAGCAAAAAUAAUGUGGAAUCUGUAGAGGCUUUCCAGUUUUCACUGUUGUUGUCGAAUAUUCAAACAAAGCUGCUAAACCUGCUGAGGGUUUUUAUUUUGUGGCAGAAAUCUAAUAUUUUGAUGUUUUCUUAUCCAAUAUCCAAAGUUAUUGUAGAUGCUCUCGAAAGAAGUCAGUCAUGUGAUUGUUUCAAAUAUGAAGGCAUCUUUCAAGAAUCAGUCUACAGAACACUUGGAGAAUGGAUAAAGGUUCUUAAAAGUUCAUUGCAUGUGCAUUUUCAGACUCAAAUUAUCAAUUUCGUGUUAAAAGAUAUCACGCCAGUAACGACUUCCGUGUCACUGAGUAUUUCGGAAGCGGCGACUAAAAAUAAAAGUGCCAAAGCCAAAAGAAAAUUUGUCGAAAACAGAAUAAUCGCUAGUGGGUCAACUUUGUCACAUCAAAGCAAUUCCACAUCAGUUGUAACAACUAAUGAAGCGAAUAGGUGUAAAUUUGCGCUGAAGUGUCUUGAAAUUCUACUGGAACAUACGAAACUGAGUGUAACUGCUAAUUUGCUUCAAACUCUUUAUAAAUCAGUUUUCGACACACUAGCUACUAUUGACACAUCAACAGAGUCCUUAUUUCCCUACACAAAAUCAGAAUGCCUAAUCAAUCUUUACAAAGUGCUAGUUGCUUUCUAUCAUCAAGAUAAUCUCAGAGUUUUGCCACCUCUACAGACGACUAUAAAGUUUCUUGUUACGGGGAUUAAUAGCAAUAACAGGUCCAUAGCGGAAGUGUGCGAACAUGGUAUAAAAAUACUGGAAAUCUUAUGCCAACCCGUUUGUCCCACAUUGUAUGUGGGUAGAGCCAAUGAAUUAGAUGACCUCGACGCAGAUUCAGAGGAGAUGCCAUCUUUAUUAAUCGAGGAAGAUGUAGUGUCUAGACAUUCACCCAUUUCCUUAAUGGAUUCUGAAGUUGCAAUAGUAAGAGAAACAACAUCUGAACCGGACGUAGACGUAGACAUAGUAGAAAUGAUAUCAGAAACAGUUGAAGAAGAUUCAGUAACUCUUAGAGUGGAAAAAAGUCCAGUCACGACUGCCUUCGAUGACAGUAACAGCAAAUGCGCCUAUACCGAAGCAGAGAUUAACAAUCAGAAUAAUAUAAAUAGCGAGUUAGAGAGUGAAGCAAAUAGGGAAGAGCGAGUCACAUCGCAAAGCGAAAACGUACUGAACGCAUCAGACGACAACGCAGGCGAAAAUGAAGAAAUAUUAAGUAGGGUGUCUGCCACCGAAGAAGAAAACAAUAGACCCGCGAGUGAACCAAAUAAUGAGCAAAUUACGGAAGAAAUAUCUUCAGCUGUGACAGGUGAAGAACCCCCGGCGAAGAAACCCCGACGUGAAGUGCAAGAUAAGGAUGAUUUGGAGGAUAUUUUUGAAGAAAGGGGGGCGUUACCUGAUGACAGUUUGGUCGAGGAUGAUUCUUUCGUGGACGAAAUCAAGGAGUAUUAGAAACGUUUUCUUCCAUGUUUUUGACGGGAAGCAAAUGAAAAUGUUCUUUAAACCAUUAAAUAAAAAAUUGUGCCGUACUGCUUUUUUUGAAUCACU